AUGGUUCAUUUUGAAGGUUUGCAAUACCGCUCUCACACAUCCUGCAUAAGCGAAGACCAAAAGUACCAAGGCGCACUGUACAAAGAAAAGAACAAGAAGCCCAAGAUCCACGACAACAAACCCGUCGACUCCGAGCAGCAGCAACAACAACAGCAAAGCGAACGACCCAAGAAGAUGUCGCAGCAGCCGUAUGUUGAGGAUAUUGGGGAGGACCGGGCCUACGAGCCAUGGAACGAUUCCGUUGGUCCAACUGAGGACGAACGAUCUCCUGCUGAGGGUCUUCCGGAGGCUCCUACACCACCUGCCGCCGCAACCGAGGAACAUGUUAACGUCUUUGAUUUUCUCGUGGCUACCGGCCAGACUCCCAACGCCUCCAACAUGAAUCUUCCCAGGGACCAACAGGGACCGGAUGUUGGCGACAGCACAUCGCUGGUACGCUAUGAGUAUGAAGCUGAGAAAUAUCUAAUGGAAGACGAUGAGGCCUUAAUCCAGUAUGGUUCCGGCCCCGUGCCCACAGAUCCUGCAUUCGUCACUCCCGGAUCCAAGACGGAGCGGCGACGUAGCCGGGAGAGCGAGCUCAAGAAGGACAAGAAGCGCAAACGUCUCCAUGUCGAUGUACCUGGAGAUCAAGUUAUGACGGAUGCACCACCAGUGCUGCAUUCCGGGCUCACUGGUAGCUUGAAGGGGUUGAUGCGGCCAGUCUACCCUCCCUCACCAGACUAUUCUGGCGGAGACGUGGGCGAGAAUUCUCCUGCAAGCCCUCUGAAGAAGACCAAACACUCGAAACACUCCAAGGGUGGGCAGAUCAGCAAUAGUUUGUUUGACAUGAUUACUGGCGGUGUCAAGAAGUCCUCCAAGAAGAAGUCCAAGAAGCAUUCUCACCGACACCGGGAGAACAAGGACACGAAGCUGCUCGAAUACCGACCUCAAUCCAAGGAUAGCAAGAAUGAUGAUAAUGAUGGUCAAAUGGUUGUCUUCAAACCUCGCGCCGAUGCAUUCCUCUCUUUCGUGAAUAAGGGACCCGGCAGCGAAAAGGGUUGCAGCGUGAAUAAGGCCCUGAAGCGAUUUCACCGUGAACGUCAGGCGUCUGGCUCCAAUCUACCCAAGUCCAAGGAAGAAAAGGAGCUUUGGCGAACUCUGCGCUUGCGACGGAACGAGCGUGGUGAGAUUGUCCUCUUCACCGUCGAGGAGUGA